AUGUCUCUCGCCAGACCAGAUCCUGGACAAGGGCACGAGAUCUCCCCUGUGCAGACCGCCUCGGCUACAUCGAGCGCCCCGACAUCCACCUCCCCGUCGGACAUCCAAAGCCCUCCUCAACCCGCUCUCGCCCUCUCCGAGCCCAUAUCCCGCCCUACCCCCGAAGAAGCCACCUCCUUCCUCACUGCCCUCCUGGACCGCCCACUCCGCGUGACCCUCAAGGAUCGCCGUACAGUGGUCGGCCUCCUACACGUUAUCGACGGCGGAGGCAACAUGGUCCUGUCCGAAGCGGAAGAGUUCCCGUCCUGGCUCGGCGACCUGUUUGAUGUGAACCGCGAGCUGGAGCUUCACGGGGAUCGGGAAGAUCUGCUCCGGAGAAGGGAAGAAGUCGAGAGGGGCUUGCAGGAAAGAUGGGAGAACGGGGAGCAGUGGGACCCCCGGUCGGAGCCUUUCGGUGGACCAGGGACCGGGUGGGGCGGAAGGGGGCUGGGGUUGGUUUUGAUAAAGGAGGCGGACUGUACGAGGAUUGAGCUGGUGGAUGAUAGGGAACAAGGGGCCGGGCAAGGCGCUGGGGAGGAAGUGGGAGCCAUAUCGUGA